AUGGGAAUCCCGCACCUCUCAAGACACCUGAUGCCCUUCUCAGAGGCUGUUGUGCUGGAAGGGAGAAGCGAGUCGCAACUAGACGACGUGGCGUACACUAGGUCCGUUGUAAUUGAUGGUCCUAGUCUGGUGUAUCAUGUCUAUACCCGUCUGCUCUCUCAAGCAAACCUGAAUCUUGAAUAUCCGGACAUUCAGCCGACAUGCGACGAAGUGAGUCGUGCUGUCAUGUUCUUCCUUUUGCAAUUGGCACUGGUCAAUGUGAAAAUAGAAAGCAUAUGCUUCGAUGGCGCCCUACCUGCAGAGAAGCGGGAGACGCGGCUCUCUCGGUUGGAGAAAGGCAGGAGACGUCUCGAGAAUUUUCGGUCCAAAGCAAAAUAUGGAUUCAAGGGAACCCAAAGCUCAGUACAAGACCGUACUAUGAACCCUCGGCAUCUCUUUAGCAGCAGACCCUUGCCUGCGAAAUUCAAAGAUCUACCCGAGAAUCCUUUCAUGGUGCCUGCGGUCUUUGAGGACCUUAAAACCAGAUGGAACAGAGAAAACAUUCUUCAAGUGUCGAAGAAUGUGAUAUCCACGCAGUCUCUCACCCUAGACGACUUUCCAUGGGCUGAUAUUACUGUCAUGGUUCCCGGAGAAGCUGACAUUCACUGCGCCCAUGUCGCAAGGGCGACUGAUUGUGCCGUUCUCACCAACGACUCGGAUCUCCUGCUUCAUAAUCUUGGGAGGAGAGGUUCGGUGGUUCUCUUUAAUACCGUUGAAAUGACAUCGAGGGGCGCAACGCCCCAAAUAACCGCAGUGCGGUUAUCUCCCGCGUUAAUCGCUAACCGUUUGGGAGUUCCAGACCUUCUGAGUCUAGCCUACGAACUGAAGACAUGCCCAGACAUGAGCUUGGUCGAGCUAAUACACCAGUCUAAGCAAGACAGGUCAGGGAGUGAGGCUGAAUAUCGAAGUUUCGCCGAGGAGUAUCGACCUGACGAUGGUAGCCAGUCCUUGAUCCCACCGACUCUCCAAUGCCUUGACACAAGGGUCUCAGAGUUAUUUUGCCAAUACGAGUCACGCAUGACCGGCGCUUCAAAGGAAGCUCCGCAUGUUUAUUUACCGAUUCUGGUUGAGGACCAUGCAAGACGUUCUGCGUGGAUGCAAGGACGUUCAACCAGAAACAUUGCUUAUUCAAUACUCAAUGCCUCGCGUCCAAAGCCCGAGAGGUACUCGCACAUCAAUGAGAAAGAUUCCAGUUGGACUCCGAGUCAGAGGCCUAUUGGAGAACCUUUGGCCUUUGCGAAAUCUUCGCCGAGGCAUCUUCAAAUACUUUCCCAGAUUAUAGGCAGCUGGGCCGCUUUCUCGCUCUGA